AUGGUCGUCUACUCCUUCUACAUCUUCGACCGACAUACGGAAUGCAUCUACUACAAGACAUGGCUGCCCGCCGAGCGUCCAACCUCACAACCGCCCCCGCCGAGCGCCGGCACGGGAGCCGCGCCCCCCUCGCAACAGCUGCGUCGCAGCCAGACGACCUCGGCCGCAGACGACGCGAAGCUCGUCUUUGGCACCGUCUUCUCUCUCCGCAACAUGGUCCGCAAGCUCGGCGGCGAUGAUGACGCCUUCAUCAGCUACCGCACCUCCGGCUACAAGCUGCACUACUACGAGACGCCCUCCAACCUGAGGUUCGUCAUGCUCACCGACACUGCGACGCUCAGCAUGCGCAACGUGCUGCAUCAGAUUUACAUCAAUCUAUGGGUUGAAUACGUCGUCAAGAACCCCCUUUCGCCGGCCGAACACAAGGGCGGCGAGGGCGUCAAGAACGAGCUAUUCGAGCUCGGUUUGGAUCAAUUCGUCCGCGGCCUGAUGUGA